AUGGCUGACUUAAUUUUCAGUGCUGGUUACAAUAGCAACAACGUGUGGCACCUCACUGUGCUUACCUUUUUACAAACAAACCUUGAUGUCUUCUUUAUGGAUAUUCAAUUAAUGAUGUCGACUUCAUACUUAGGAAAACUUGAUAAACGGAAUUUUCCGACUGAUCCCAUUUUGACCGAAAAAAGGAAGAAACAGAAGGCGACCAAUAAUUUGGAAAACACAUUUCGGUCAAAUAAUUUCAAGAAGUAA